UCGUAAUCGAUACGAGAAGCUCCAUUUUUCUGCUCCUCUCGACUCCAUCCCUCCCAUCUCCUGCAGGAGGUAACCCUCGUCCGAAUUUGUCCGUCGCCCGAGACUCGAGAGACCAUGAAGACCGUCUUCGCCUUAUUGUGCGUCGCCGUGGCCUUCGUCGCCACCCAGGGUGCCCAGGAGCAGGAGCGGCCGAAAACCUUCCGGAGAUUGAUACCCGCCGACGUUCUCCGCGACUUCCCGGGCAUGUGCUUCGCGUCGACCAAGUGCGCGACCAUCGAGCCGACGAAGUCGUGGGAGCUGGCGCCGUUCUGCGGCCGCUCGACCUGCGUGCCCGCCGACGACAACUCCGGCCGUCUGUUCGAGCUGGUGGAGGACUGCGGCCCGCUGCCCAAGGCCAACCCCAAGUGCAAGCUCUCCGACAAGACCAACAAGACCUCGAGCUUCCCCGACUGCUGUCCGAUCUUCGAGUGCGAGGACGGCGCCAAGCUCGAGUACCCGGAAAUCCCAACUCUGCCGCCGCCGAGCGGCGAGGACGCGGCGACCGCGGCGGCGGCGCAGCCGCAGGCGCCAAAGCCCUAAAUCUCGAUAGCAGCGAAAGGCCACACUCCUCGUCCCCGGGGGUGAAGAUUGCGGUAUAGCCUCCUCGACACGAUCGACCUCCUUAACUCAGGUCGCCAGCGAAAAUCGACGCGAUCUGUCAACGCGACCGACGAGAGUCAGUGUGGCGAGGACGUACAUUCGAGGACUUUAUCUCCUCGAAAAUGACUCUCGAUGAAAGAAUCCAGCGGACUUCCUAGCGUAACGCCAUGUAAAGAUGCGUACGAGCAUACAAAAUAAUAUAUUCUUUUAUAUUGGUAUUCGAGUAUCAGAGAUCUAUUUUGAUACGACGAAACGAUCGGUCCCGCUAUUUUACGGUAUUUCUUCGAGAAAAGAAUAAAUUAUCGUGUAACAGCCAUCAGACUGCAGCAUGUUGCGCUAGGACAGCGCUAGAAUUUCUUCGUAUACCCGGCUCGAUUAUUAUUCGACAGGAUAAUUGUGCAACGUUUGCGCCGAUCGCGACGAGGCCAUACCGCGAUAUCGCUUACCGCCCUAACGUGAUCCGAUCCCAUACAUGAUCCAGAUUAAGCUAAUAUUGUAUAUAAAUUUAAGCCGCGCCUUUGCAAACUAUGAGCACGACGAAAGCUUUCCCGACGCACUCAUCCCGAUCUGUAAUCUUAUGGUAAUCCACCCCCUGGACCCUCUCCUUAGCUUCCCUCUUUUAGCUGCUCAACCUUCGAAUGUACGGUUUACUUAAGAAAAUCUAUUAAAAAAAAAAAAAAAAUAAUCUUGCAAAGUGUACAUCGUAACGCAAAGUCUAAAAGAAGGCUUGACAGAAAGUAUAACGAAGAAAAGUAAACAUAUUAAAAAAUUAAGUCAAUAUUUCAGCAUAUAUAUACUGUUUUGUGAUUACUCUAUUAUAUUUCGCACAGGAGCGCUUGAUAAGUUUAGACACUUUUCAAUGAUAUAUCUUCCAAUAACAAUCGAUGGCGCACUCUUUUCUAGUUAAGACUUACUUUCUCAACAUACGACAAAUUAAUCUGUAGCAGAGUCUGGCAGUAUGUAUUGCAAAUAUGUGUGAUUGUAAUUAUAUGUGAUUAAAUUAAUACUUAUUUAAUUCAA